CCUCUCGCUCUCUUCUUCUUCUCCAUCUCACUCUCCUUCUGCUUCCGCGGCUUUCACAGCCAUGUCUUCUACAGAAGUUGCUCGAACCGCAGUUGGCAUCCUAGGAAACAUCAUCGCACUCUUCCUGUUCUUAUCACCAGUGCCAACUUUCAUAUCAAUAUGGAAGAAAGGUUCAGUGGAGCAGUACUCACCAGUUCCCUACCUUGCAACCUUCAUCAACUGCAUGGUCUGGGUCCUGUACGGCCUGCCCAUGGUGCACCCUCAUAGCACCCUGGUCGUGACCAUAAACGGGACUGGCUUCGUCAUUGAGCUCGUUUACUUGAUCCUCUUCAUCGUCUUCUCCAAUAGAGGUAACAGGUUGAGGGUCAUAAUGAUAGUCCUAGUGGAGAUCAUCUUCGUCGCCAUUGUCGCCCUCCUCACCCUCACCAUGGUCCACACCACCGACCGCCGGUCAAUGAUCGUCGGAACCAUUUGUAUUCUGUUUAACAUUAUGAUGUAUGCUUCACCACUCUCGGUCAUGAAAAUGGUGAUCAGAACCAAGAGUGUGGAGUACAUGCCAUUCUUCCUCUCCUUGGCUGCCUUCGGAAAUGGCAUUGCUUGGACUACUUAUGCUCUCAUCCGCUUUGACCUCUUCAUCACUGUUCCCAAUGGACUGGGCACACUUUUUGCAGCGGCCCAGUUGACCUUAUACGCAAUGUUUUACAAAUCCACGAAGAGACAGUUGGCAGAAAGAAAACAAGGCAAAGUUGAGAUGGACUUGGCCCAAGUGGUGGUCACUGCUGAACCCAUGGACAAGGCCCAGAAUGGUGGUGGUGGAGGUGUGCAUGAGGUCCGUAGAACAUGACGUACCCCAGACGGGCCAUACCUUCCCCACUGUCCGAUGAUUGGAAAACCAUAAGUUAUAUAAUCAGAUUACGAAUUUUGUCUUCGUUAUAGGGUUUUUGCUGAUGAUGAAGGUGUGAUACCUAAAUUAUAGGCCAUAUACGGUAACAUGAUGGCUUGUAAGCUUCCCCACCGUCUGAUGAUCGGAAAACUAAAAGUCACGAUCAUAUUAAGAGGUGUUUUUUUUUUUUUUUUUUUCUUCUCUCUUUAGGGUUUUUGUUGAUGAUGACAGUGUGAUGUCAUAUCAUACUUCAAUAUAAGCCAUGUAUGGUAACAUGAUGGCUUGUGAGCUUUUA